ACGUUUUUUUUUACAUUGCGUUCGGUUUCCGAAUCGAGCGUUUUGUGUUUUACAAAAUUAGAAUUAUUUUGUAAAAUUGUAGCUUUUAUUUGUCCAUUCAGUGCUAUUUGUGAUAAUUUAAGCCUUAAAAACUUUUACCUCCAAGAGGUAAAUAGUAGCGUAACGCUAAAUCUUAAUAUAACGGCUUACAGAAAAGCUGCACGUUUGUAGGUUAUAAUUAGAUUUUCAUUGUCUUUUUCAAUCCUUUACCUGAAACAUGGAGAGCAUGGACGUUGCACAGGAAGGAACAUCGGCCGCGACCACGCCGGCAGCGGAAAAUGGCCCGGACAAGAGCGUGACCGCGGAGGAGAUGACCUCGCGGGACUACUACUUCGACUCCUACGCACACUUCGGCAUUCACGAGGAGAUGCUAAAAGACGAAGUCAGGACCCUCACUUACAGAAAUGCCAUGUACCACAAUAAACACCUGUUCAAAGGCAAAGUUGUGCUUGAUAUUGGUUGCGGUACUGGGAUCCUGUCAAUGUUUGCUGCGAAGGCAGGAGCCGCCAAGGUGAUUGCAGUGGAGUGCUCAAACAUUGUGGACUACGCACGCAAGAUCAUUGAAGCUAACAGGCUUGAUGAUAUCAUUGAGAUUGUCAAAGGAAAGGUGGAGGAAGUGACGCUGCCGGUGGAGAAGGUGGACAUCAUAAUCUCGGAGUGGAUGGGCUACUGCCUGUUCUACGAGUCCAUGCUGGACACGGUGCUGUACGCGCGAGACAAGUGGCUGCAGCCUGAUGGCAUGCUCUUCCCUGACAGAUGCACUCUGUUCGUGUGCGGCAUCGAGGACCGGCAGUACAAGGACGAGAAGAUCAACUGGUGGGACGACGUGUACGGCUUCGACAUGAGCUCCAUCCGCAAGGUGGCCAUCUCUGAGCCGCUCGUUGACGUCGUGGACGCUAAACAGGUGGUGACCAACUCGUGCCUGCUGAAGGAGAUCGACCUGUACACCGUCAAGAAGGAGGACCUCAACUUCGAGUCCAAGUUCCACCUGCAGGUGCGUCGCAACGACUUCAUCCAGGCUCUGGUGACGUUCUUCAACGUGGAGUUCACCAAGUCGCACAAGCGGCUCGGCUUCAGCACCGCCCCCGAGGCGCCCUACACGCACUGGAAGCAGACCGUGUUCUACUUCGACGAGUACAUGACCGUGAAGAAGGGCGAGGAGAUCACGGGCACGUUCUCGAUGCGGCAGAACGCGCGCAACAACCGCGACCUCGACUUCGCCAUCGAGCUCGAGUUCAAGGGGGAGCUGUGUCAGGUGCAGGAGAAGAACCACUACAGAAUGCGCUAGAACAAGCACCCCCACCGGCCGAGCAAGUCACAACGGCACGAGAGAAACAGGUGACAGUUCGUGCGCCGUUGUCGUUGGUAAAGCUGCACUCGUAUGGAUCUAUCUUAGUGUAUCGUGAGUCGUUUGGUAACCCCGCCCGGAUGUGCGGUGGCUAGAAGUAAUGUUCCCGCCAAAACUUAUUUUGAGGUUACAAGAUGGCGCCACCAGUGUUUUGAAUUUAACCGUUUUAGAAUGUGGAUACAGCAGCGAAUUGUAGUUUUGUUUAGUAUUCUACAGGUGUAGGCCCCAGUUUUUUAUAGAUUGCCAUUUUAUAACGUUUUCAUGAGCACGCUAGAGUAGGCGACCAAGGCACUUUUGCUGAAACGACAAUCGCUGCUGUAUUCAUAGCAACAUAAGCUGUAUUCCUGUAUUUUCAUUAUAAUUUUAUUUGUAUUGAUACAUCCGACCAUUUCAUAACGUGUUGAGCAAAGAGAGACAAAAGUAAGCGUAGGUUAGUUUAAAUAUUAAUUUGACACUUACCAAAAUGUACUCUAGUGUAGGUAUUGUACUAUGUUGUAUGUGUGCUUAACUUUUUCUGGCAUACUUUUGUCCUGUUAGGCCGAUUUGCGUUAAAUUUCUUUGUUCCCCUAAAAGUCUGUGAUUUUUUUUAUUUGUAAGUUCUACCGGCCGGUCUCUAGGAAAACGAAUACUGUAUUAAUUUUGAUACUGUCUGUAUUAGGUAUAAAAUAAGAAUCUUUAAUAUCUGUCUGUUUGUCACCGAUUGGUUUAAUAGAAUAACUGAAUUGUUGGUAGUUAUUUGGUAGGAACCAUGGCUGUGACUUUUAACUCUGAGAGGAUUUAAAAAAUGAUAAUUUGCAUGGUAAAAGCUAUUUUAGUUCCUACUAAAUAAAUACCGAAAUGAUUGAACAUGCUAGUGUUAAAACUAAGAUAUCAAAUAUCUGCUGGAUUUCGUAUUUUAGGAUGCAACCUUUUUUAAUAUCUCAUAAAAAGUGUUCAUUAGAAUACUAGCGCUAUGAGCCGUCUUGCGUUGAAAAGUUAAGGUAUUCUUUUCGCAAGUACGUUUGAAAUUCAAUUUCAAAACUUAAUUUUCUGCCAAACAAUUAAUUUCCUUAUUAUCUACAUUUAAGAUCUACAGUCGCUUGAUUAGAAGCGAAUGUUUCAUGAUAUUUUCUAUAUUGUGUAGUGCGUGUAUGAUUGUGUAUGUAUGACUCGUAAUGAUGGAUAAAUGCGUAAGACAAAA